GGUACCUAUACGCGUGCAUGUGUGCGUACGGUGCUUUCUUUGUGCACUUUUUGCUCCGUUUUAAUUUAUCAGUUGGUUAAAAGCAAACUUAAACUUGUUUUCGCAAAUUAGUUGCUUUUCAACCACUGAGAGAUUUAUAUCAUAAUUUAUUAACAUUAGCUUAAAAAACAUUUGGAAAAAUGCGCUUUCUUAUUUUGGUGUUUGUAGUACUCUCCCUUGUAUCUGCUAUUAUCGCAUCUUCUGCAAGCAGUAAGAAGCAAGCUCCGGCUUGUAGCCGAGCUUGUGGUGAGAAAUAUGAACCCAUUUGCGCCAAAGCAAAAAAGGGCAACAAACUUCUUACGUUCGGUAACGACUGUGUAUUGGGACGCUUCAAUUGCGAACACCCGGACGAACAAUAUGACUUCGAAUCAAAAGGAGAAUGUGGUGGUAAUGUUAGCGUACGCCUAUCAUAAAUACAAUUCCUUUAUACAUAUGAUGUAAUAAAAAUGUGCAACUAAUAUCGAUGAAUAGAAUUUAUAUUUUAAAAGUC